CGGCUGAACUGCAUGGGUCUUACAUUCACCACUCCCUGUAGACUGAGACUCACUGUUUUACUUCAUAGCAAUGGAACCAACAACAAUCAGAGAAGGAUACCUAGUGAAGAAGGGGACUGUGCUCAACUCAUGGAAGGUGGUGUGGGUGGUGUUAGCAGAUGAUGCCAUUGAGUAUUACAAGAAGAAGACAGACAACAGUCCGAAGGGAAUGAUCCCUCUGAAGGGUGCGACUCUGACCAGCCCGUGCCAGGACUUCACUAAAAGAACGCUAGUGUUCAAGAUCAGUACAGCUAAGAACCAGGACCAUUUCUUCCAAGCGACCCACCUUGAGGAGAGAGAGCUUUGGGUUAAAGAUUUCAAGAGAGCCAUCACUUGUUUACAGGGAGGCAAGAAGUUUGCCAGGAAGUCAACACGUCGAUCCAUUCGGUUACCGGAAAAUGUUAACCUGAGUGAACUGUAUGUUUUAAUGAAAGAUCAAGACAAUGGAGUUAAAGAGCUGAAGGUAGAGAAGGAUAAAAGGCUGUUCAAUCACUGUUUCACAGGAAACACAGUGAUCGACUGGCUGAUUUCUGAAGGGAAGGCCAGAAACAGACCCGAGGGACUGAUGCUGGCCACCGGACUGCUGAACGAGGGAUUCCUGCUGCCCGCUGGAGACGUGUCCAAAGACGGCGCAGAGAAAGGAGCGGAAUGUGUUUUCCUGGACCAAACCGAGGCUCUUUAUUACUUUGCAGAUAGUGGUUUCUUUUGUGAGGGCUACUCCAGUGAUGAGGAUGUGAUCAUGAAGGAGGAGUUCAGAGGGGCCAUAAUCAAACAGGGCUGUUUGCUGAAGCAGGGUCACCGGCGAAAGAAUUGGAAAGUCCGAAAGUUUAUCCUCAGAGAUGAUCCUGCUUAUAUCCACUACUAUGAUCCCACCAAAGGUGAGGACGAUCCUCUCGGCUCCAUUCAUCUGCGUGGCUCAGUUGUGACGGCAGUGGAAUACGUGCCUGAUGCCAAGAGACAGGAGGUGGAUGGGAAUCUCUUUGAGAUCAUCACGUCAGAUGAGAUACACUACUAUCUGCAGGCAGCUACAGCCGACGAGCGCAAUGACUGGAUCAAAGCCAUACAGAGCGUCGCAAAGACGGGGAAAUAACUGUAUUAGAUCCAUACGGUGGUCUGGAGAACAGCAAACGCACUUGUUAUAGACAUGCAGAGUUAAGGGUGAGGAUCUGUCUGAAGUUGUGUCUGCCCACCAAAUAUCCUAAAUCUCCUCUUCGGCAUUUUCUAAAAAUAAAAAUUCCAUUUUGUUGUUUCUUCACCUUCCACAUUUGCACAAAACAAGAGGCUUUCUAACAAUCACGUGACACAGUUUCUCAACUAAACAAAAACCUCACACUAAGUUAGAGACAGGAUGUGGGCAAAUUGUUCCACCAGAAACUGAUGUGAAUGGCUGUGAUCUGCCCGUCCAGAGCUGUCCAGCAUUUUCCUGUUUUCAUUUCAACUUCCUGUUUCUCUUCUUGAGUCAGUCUAGAUAUAGAGAUGUUACAGUCUGAGUGGUGAGGUGGUGUAACGGUCUCAAAAUAUCACAGCUCUACUCUGCUCACUAUUCUGAUAUACAAACUUACAACCAUAUGUGACCCUGGACCACAAAACCAGUCA